AAUCACGGCUAAUCAAUUUUGGACACGCUGGUCUGCUCUGAUAAAUUUUUGCAGUGCGGCGGAUAUAUUCCUCGAAUCAAAAUGUAUAAAUUGAUAACUUUGACGGUUGUAAUCCUAUCUGGGGUUACAGCACAAACCUGCAAAGACAAUUCGCAAGAGCAAUGCCCUGCAACAACUCCAACUUCCUUUAACCAAGAUACCGAUUGGAAUUCUGCAACUACUAUCUAUCAGUUUCAUGCAAGAGAUAUUCAUGGUAACGAUGUAUCGUUAGAGAAGUAUCGUGGACAUGUCUGCGUAAUUGUAAAUGUAGCCAGCAAUUGCGGAUUGACAGACACGAAUUACAAAGAGCUGGUGCACUUGUAUGAGAAGUACAGUGAAAAAGAAGGAUUAAGGAUUCUGGCAUUCCCAUCCAACCAGUUUGGUGGCCAGGAACCAGGCAGCUCCGAACAGAUUUUAGAUUUCGUUAAGAAGUAUAACGUUACCUUUGAUGUUUUUGAGAAGAUUGAUGUUAAUGGAGAAGCUGCUCAUCCCUUGUGGAAAUGGCUGAAGUCUCAGGCAGCUGGAUUUAUGAUCGACGCCAUUAAGUGGAACUUUACCAAAUUUAUUAUUAAUAAAGAAGGAAAAGUUGUCUUUAGAUACGCGCCGACCACGGACCCACUUCAAAUGGAAUCAGAGUUGAAGAAAUAUUUUUAAAUUUGUGUAUACUCAUGGUCUACCACAGUCGGCGAUAUUUCUAUAAUACUCGAUGUUUAUACCUGUUAUAAGAACAAAUUUUUACCUAUUUACUUUACCGUUUAGUUAUCUAUAUUUCUACUAAAACUGUGUGAUUUAAAAUCAGUUUCCACACGCGUUUUUGAUAUAUAAAAUAAGUUUUCUGCUCUAGUAUUGUAGCCUCUUUUUUAACCAUGUACACAUUUGCUCAAUUUAUUAUGUAUCAGCCAGACAUAAUACAAAUAGAAUUUUUGCUGUAAUUUCUAAAGAAA